AGUCUGCACUGAAGCUGCCCACGGACCAGGAGUUUGGAGCAGGUUUGGCCCUGGCUGGGAGCCUGGAGUGGAGAGGACUGGGGAGGUCCCCGGCUGAGGUUGCUGCCCAGAUGGCCCCCAGGCUGACCCUGCUGACCCUCGUGCUGCUGCUCCUAGCUGGGGAUGGAGCCUCCUCAAAUCCAAAAGAGGCCAGCUACAACUCCACAGAUCCAGAGAGCUUGCAAGAGGGAAACAAAGGAAACAUCUCAGAGGGAGAUAACCCCAAUUCUAUUCUACACAGCAUGGACUCUUCUAACUCGCUGACAACCAACUCAACCACCAACCCAACCAUCAAAAUAAGAGCCAAUACCACUGUUGAAUCUACUACCCAACCCACCAGCCAGCCCACCACCCAGGCCACUACCCAACCCACCACCCAACCCACCACCCAGCCCACCACCCAGACCCCCACAGAUCCUCUCAUCCAGCCUGCUGCUGAGCCUUCCUGCCCAGGGCCUGUCAUAUCCUGCUCUGGUUUGGAGAGUCAAGCAGCAGAGACUGUGUUGGAAGAUGCUUUGAUAGAUUUCUCCCUGAAGCUCUACCACGCCUUCUCUGAUGUGAAGAAGCCUGAGACAAACAUGGCUUUUUCCCCGUUCAGCGUCGCCAGCCUCCUCAGUCACAUCCUGCUUGGGGCUGGGGCCAGCACCAAGAGAAACCUGGAGAGCGUCCUCUCUUACCCCGAGGACGCUGCCUGUGUCCACCAGACCCUGAAGGCCUUCGCAUCUAACGGCGUCUCCUCGGUCUCUCAGAUCUUCCACAGUCCAGACCUGGCUAUACGAGACAGCUUUGUGAACGCCUCUCAGAGUCUGUAUGGCAGCAGCCCCAGGGUCCUGAGCAACGACAGUGAUGUCAACCUGAAACUCAUCAACACCUGGGUGGCCGAGAACACCAACCACAAAAUCACUCAUCUGCUGGACCACCUGCCCUCUGACACCCGCCUCGUCCUCCUCAACGCUAUCUACCUGAGUGCCAAGUGGAAGACAACAUUUGAUCCAAAAAAGACCACAAAGUUGCCCUUUUACCACAAAAACUCUGAGAUAAAAGCACUCAUGAUGAAUAGCAAGAAGUAUCCUGUGGCCCAUUUCAAUGACCCGACUUUGAAGGCCCGGGUGGGGCGCCUGCAGCUCUCCCACAACCUAAGCUUUGUGAUCCUGAUGCCCCAGAGCAUGACGCACAGUCUUGAAGACAUGGAGCAGGCCCUCAAUCCCACUGUCUUCAAGGCCAUCAUGAGGAAGCUGGAGAUGAUCAAUUUCCAGCCCACUCACGUGACGAUGCCCCUCAUCAAACUGAAGAGUAACCAGGACAUGCUGGGAAUCAUGGAGAAAAUGGAAUUUUUUGACUUUACUAAUGAACUCAACCUGUGUGGGCUGACCAAGGACCCGGAUCUUCAGGUCUCUGCCAUGCAGCACCAGACUGUCCUGGAGCUGAGGGAGACAGGAGUGGAGGCGGCUGCGGCCUCUGUUGUCUCUGUGGCCCGUAACUUGCUGAUGUUUGAAGUGCAGCAGCCCUUCCUCUUCCUCCUCUGGGAGGAGGAGCACAGGUUCCCUGUCUUCAUGGGGAGGGUGUAUGAUCCCCGGGCCUGAGACCUGCAGGACGCAAGGUUGGGGUAAGCCCUGCCCCCCAAGCCUCAGCUCUCCCACUUGCUGCCUGGUUGCUGCCACCUGCCUGGACUUGCCCCCAGCCCUCAGGUGUCCUCUGUCCUCCAUCCACAGGGCUCCCUCAGGGUCCGGCAAAGGAAACUGCUUACAUCAGCCCUUCCCCCAUCACCCUGUUGUGCUCUCCAAACCAUUUUCUGCAGCUUUGUCUCAUUCAAGUGCACCAGAUACUACAAAUAAAACUGGCAAACCAUGA